AUGCUAAUUAUUUACAGCAGUGCUGAAGUGCUCGUGCUGAACAAUGAAAAGGAUGCUAAAAAGGAUAUCAAAAAGGUUCCUAAAGAAACAAAGAAGACACCUGCUCCUUUAGCUGAAGCCAAAAAGCCAGCAGCAAAACCUAAACCACAAAAGAAGGAGGAACCUGCUAAAAAAGAAGCAGUACCUGCUGGAAAAGCAAAGGAAAAAGGAAAAAUUAAGACUGUGAAGAAGGAGACCAAAGUCAGUGGAGCACAACCUGCCCUUGCAGCAGUUGGAGCUGCUGUGACAACUGUAGCAGCUCUAGCAGCUGCAGAAAUUACAGCUAGUGGAAAAGAACUUGAAGCAGAAAGAUCCCUUAUGUCUUCACCAGAAGAUUUAACAAAAGAUUUUGAAGAAUUAAAAGCUGAAGAAGUGGAAACAAUAAAAGCAACAAGACCUCAGGUUGCAGUCAUAGAGGAUGAACUAAAACUCACUGGCAAAGAACAUAAAGAGGCCUUUGAAGUACAAAAGGAAAAAUUAGAUAACGAAGGACCUGCAGAAUCCUCUGAUGAAGGCAUAACAACCACAGAGGCUGAGGGUGAGUGUGAACAGACGCCUGAAGAAUUGGAACCUGCAGAAAAGCACAGAGUUGAUGACACUGAAAAGUUUGAAGAUGAGGGAACUGGCUUGGAAGAAUCAUCUGAAGCAGGAGAUUAUGAGGAAAAGGCAGAGACAGAAGAAGCCGAAGAACGAGGUGAAGAUGAGGAAGAAAAGACACCACUUGACACCACAAUACCGUACAUGGAAGAAGAAAGAAGAAUUCACGACUAUUCAGAAGAAAUAAUGGCUGAAGCAGAUGCUAAAAUGAAAGACGAAAAAUACAUUGAGAAGGCAGAUUAUGAGACAUCAGAUGAACGAGCUGAGGAAGACAGGGAAGAAGCAGUAGAAAAGGCAGAAACUGAAGAGACUGAAGAAGAGGAGGAAGACAAAGCAGAAGACAUCAGAGAUGAGGAGGAGACUGAAAAAAUAGAAGCUGAAGAAGAUUAUGUGAUGGCUGUGGUAGACAAAGCUGCAGAAGCUGGUGACGUUGAAGAUAAAUAUAGGAUGCUCAUAAUUACACCAACAAAACACUCAGAGCCUCAGUCUCCAGCAGUUGAACCAGCCUCUUCUAUCCAUGAUGAGACAUUACCUGGUGGUUCAGAAAGUGAAGCCACUGUUUCUGAUGAAGAAAAUAGAGAAGAUCAACCUGAAGAAUUCACAGCUACUUCAGGUUAUACACAGUCUACCAUUGAAAUAUCUAGUGAACCAACUCCUAUGGAUGAAAUGUCUACACCCCGGGAUGUCAUGAGUGAUGAAACUAACAAUGAGGAAAGCGAAUCACCUUCUCAGGAGUAUGUGAACAUUACCAAGUAUGAAACAUCACUGUAUUCUCAAGAGUUUGGUAGACCUAAACUUUCUCCACUUCCAGAUGCUUUUAAUGGAUUAUCUGAAGGAUCCAAAACAGAAGCCACAGAAGGUAAAGACUACAAUGCCUCAGCUUCUACCAUCUCCCCACCUUCUUCAUUAGAAGAAGACAAGUUCUGCAAAUCUGCAUUCCAGGAUGUGUACCGGCAAAAAGAAAGUGAAACUGCCAAGUUAGAAAUCAAAGAAACCUGUCCAGAAGAUGUUGAUGUUACUGGAAAACGUAGUCCAGCCAAGAGUCCAGCUGAUAGUUUGUCCCCUCCAUCACCAGUUGCCAAAACACCACUGAGUGAACGUAGUGUGAACUUCUCUCUUACUCCCAAUGAGAUCAAGGUCUCAGCUGAGACUGCCUCCGUUACUGCACUGCCCAGUGUACACCAAGAAAUUGCUGAAGAGCACUGUGCAAGUCCUGAAGAUAAAACAUUAGAAGUAGCAUCUCCUUCACAAUCUGCUGCUGGUAGUGCUGGCCACACGCCCUACUAUCAGUCUCCCACUGAUGAAAAAUCCAGUCAACUUCCCUCUGAAACAAGUGAAAAGUCAUCAGAAGCUCCAGUUAGUGUUGAAUUCAGUGAAGUCAAAGAUGAGUCCGCAAAACCUAGAAUAAGCCCUAUGGAUGAGCCUGUGCCAGAUUCAGAAUCUCCUAUUGAAAAGGUUCUCUCACCUCUACGAAGUCCCCCACUGAUAGGUUCAGAGACUUCUUACGAUAUGUUUUUGAGUGCUGAUGUAAGAUCUCCUCCCAGAGAUUAUGGAAGUCCUUCUGAAGAGAAACCUGAAAAAGAAAAAUCACCUGUUCAGAUGAGCCCAUCUUCUGAAGCCAGUUCAGUGGGCCUUUUCCAAGAAAAACAAGAUGAGAAAAGCAUGGAGUUUAUGGUAAUUAAAGAAGGCUUCAGCCUAGAAAGAAAAACGGAGGAUACAGAACCCAGCAGCUCUCAGUCUUCACUAGUCUUGGAUGAACGGAAGUUGACUGGUGAUCUCUCACCUACUCAAAUAGAUAUCAGUCAGUUUGGUUCCCUAAAAGAAGACACCAAAAUGUCAAUAUCUGAAGGCACUGUUUCUGACAAGUCUGCAACUCCUGUUGAUGAGGUUGUAGCAGAAGAUACCUAUUCACACAUUGAAGGAGUAGCUUCUGUCUCCACAGCAUCUGUUGCUACUAGCUCAUUUCCAGAACCAACUACUGAUGAUGUAUCCCCUUCUUUGCAUGCUGAGGUUGGAUCCCCUCACUCAACUGAAGUUGAUGAUUCCCUUUCAGUCUCUGUUGUACAAACACCAACAACAUUUCAGGAAACGGAAAUGUCUCCAUCUAAGGAGGAAUGCCCAAGGCCUAUGUCCAUUUCUCCACCAGAUUUCUCACCUAAGACAGCAAAAUCAGGAACCCCAGUGCAUGAUCACAGAUCUCCUGAACAGUCAACUAUGUCAGUAGAAUUUGGCCAGGAAUCCCCUGAGCAGUCUUUAGCAAUGGAUUUCAGUAGGCAGUCUCCUGAAUAUCCUACUGCAGGCACUGGUAUACACCAUAUAUCUGAAAAUGGACCGACUGAAGUAGAUUAUAGUCCUUCAGAUAUACAGGAGCCUACUUUUGCAAGGAAGAUUUCCCCUCUGGAGCAUACAUCUUACUCUCAGGAGAAGGAUAUUUCAGAAAUUAUUUCAGUUUCUCAAAUUGAAGCUUCAUCUUCAAGCUCAUCAGCUCAUACACCUUCCCAGGUAACUUCACCACUGCCAGAGGAAACCUUUUCAGGUGUUGUUCCACCCAGAGAUAUCUCACUUCAUUCUUUUACCUCAGAAAAGGUUCAGAGCCUAGGAGAAAAGCUGUCACCAAAGUCUGACCUAUCUCCAUUAACUCCAAGAGAAUCUUCUCCUCUAUACUCUCCUACUUUUCCAGAUUCACCUCCUGCAGUCACAGAAGCAGUGUCAGCUAGUCACGCAUCUCCAUUGUCGCUGCAAGUGUCCUCUGAUAAAGUGUUUGGUUACCAGGCUGUCACAUUACAAGAAACCCUUACAAAGCACAGUCCAGAACCUUUAUUCAGUCCAGAAAAAGAAGAUUCAGAGAAGAGCAGCAGAUCACCAGAGGAACUUAGUUAUUCUUACGAGGCCACAGAGAAAACCACUAGGUCACCGGAGGAUAUUAGCUACUCCUAUGAGGCAGUUGGACGAUCUACUAGAUCACCUCAGGCCACAGAUUAUUCAUAUGAGACAACAGGAAAAAUUACAAGGUCACCUGAGGCCACAGAUUAUUCCUAUGAAAUGAGAGGGAAAAUCACCAGGUCACCAGAUGCCACAGAUUAUUCCUAUGACUUGACACAAAAGACCACUGUGUCACCUGGGGAUACAGAUUACUCCUAUGAGAUGACACAAAAGACCACCAGGUCACCUGGAGAUACAGAGUUUUCCUACGAGAUGACAAGGAAAGCAACCAGGUCACCUGAUGAUACAGAUUAUUCCAAUGACAUAAUUGGGAAGACCACCAAAUCACUUGAUGUCACAGAUUAUUCAUAUGAGGGAAUUGGGAAAGGUACCCAAUCACUUGAUGCUCUGGAUAGUUCAUAUGAGACAAUGGGGAAAAUCACUGAGUCACCAGAAGCCAUUAGCUACUGCUAUGAUAGAAGUGGAAGAACCACCAGGUCACCUGAAGCUACAGAUUAUUCAUUUGAGACCACUGAGAAAGCCACCAGAUCACCUGAAGCCACUGGCUAUUCAUAUGAGGCAAGUGCACAUUUCACUCCAGGAAAAUCGUUAGCAGAAUCCCGCCAAGAUGUUGAUUUAUGCCUUGUGUCAUCCUGCGAAUAUAAGCAUCCUAAAACUGAACUUUCACCUUCAUUUAUCAACCCUAAUCCCCUUGAGUGGUUUGCAAGUGAAGAACAAUCUCAAGACCAAGAAAAGCUGCUAACUCAGUCUGGUGGAGCCCAGCCACCCUCUGGGGGAAAGCAGCAAGGGCGGCAGUGUGAUGAAACCCCUCCAACUUCAGUGAGCGAGUCUGCCCCUUCUCAGACUGAUUCAGAUGUUCCUCCUGAGACUGAAGAAUGCCCUUCCAUCACUGCAGAUGCUAACAUUGACUCAGAAGAUGAGUCAGAAACCAUUCCAACAGACAAGACAAUUACAUACAGACACAUUGAUCCACCACCUGUCCCAAUGCAGGAUCGCAGCCCUUCCCCUAGGCACCCGGAUGUCUCCAUGGUUGACCCAGAGGCUUUGCCUAUCGAUCAGAAUUUGGGUAAACCUUUGAAGAAAGAUCUUAAAGAAAAGGCUAAAACAAAGAAAACAGGUACUAAGACCAAGUCAUCUUCUCCUGUUAAAAAAAGUGAUGGUAAAUCAAAGCAAGUGGCUUCUCCAAAGCCAGCUGCAAAAGAUUCUUUGGAAAAGAGUUCCAAAACAGCUUCUCCAAAAAAGAAGGAGUCUGUGGAGAAGGCAAGCAAAAAUAUCUCUACUCCAGAAGUGAAGACCCGAGUGGAAGAGAAAGAUAAAGACACCAAGAAUGCAGUAAAUACAACAGCAUCCAAGUCAGCAAAGACUGCCACCACAGGACCUGGGACUACUAAGUCAGCAAAAUCUACGGCAGUGCCACCAGGACCUCCAGUGUAUUUGGAUCUGGUGUACAUUCCCAACCACAGCAAUAGCAAGAAUGUUGACGUUGAGUUUUUCAAGAGGGUGCGGUCAUCCUACUAUGUGGUGAGCGGGAAUGAUGUUGCAGCUGAGGAGCCAAGCAGGGCUGUUCUGGACUCCCUGCUGGAGGGCAAGGCCCUGUGGGAGAGCAACAUGCAGGUGACCUUAAUCCCAACCCAUGACUCAGAAGUGAUGAGGGAAUGGUACCAAGAGACCCAUGAGAAACAGCAGGACCUCAACAUCAUGGUUUUGGCAAGCAGCAGCACCGUUGUUAUGCAAGAUGAAUCUUUUCCUGCUUGCAAGAUAGAACUGUAAGAACGGGUUGCGCAUCCCAACACUAAACUUCGUUUCCAGAAAUUCUUCCAUUUGAAAACAUUUUUUCUAAAAGUUCGACCCAUCUAUUUCGACUGCUGAACUAUAUACCUGCCAAAUACUAUACUGUGUCAUGGUGAUGCAAGUCACUAAUAUUUUUCAGUCUUUGCUGAUUGCUAAGGGAAAUAACAGCAUUCCCAUAGUAGGGUUCAGAUUACUGCGAAAAUACAGAUCCAGUUUCAUCUCCGCUGAACUUUUGGAAACCAUGCACUAGCAACCCUAACUGACUUCUGCCAGGUAUAGGCAUUUGCCCUCUAAAGAGAGGGCAAAGAGAGAGAAAGAGAGGGGUAGGAGGAGAAAGUAAUAACUACUUAGAUCUGCAUUAGUCUCAUGGCAAUAGAUGUACCGCUUACUGCAGUAUGCUUAUGCUCUCGUAUGAAAAGAAAUUUUAAACUUUUUAUCUAUCUGAGCUAUCACAAUGGGGAUACUUACUUUACAAAGUCAAAUUAUCUAGAAAAUAAGAAGAAACAGAAUGUGUCUAGGAAGGGACGUUCAACCUAAACUCUCAUUAGCAGUUUUUCACUUUAAUUUGAACUCUGCAUACUGACAUGCCAUAACAGUCAUAGGCCAAAUAUGCACAUCAUCUAAAUCCCAUCCGGAACUCUAAAACUUUCCUUUCAACAUGCAGAAUUGUUGGUCUAAGGCAUGCUCCCAGUGAAAGUCCAUUUACUCCACUCAGAAUUGACCAGUCCAUGUGCUUAAACACCCAUAUCAAGUGUUGAUUGACUGAAGCAAAAUACCAAAGCAAUUGGGAGUACAGUAGACAAUUUGCCUUAGAAAGUGACUUGAAUGUACAAAGAAACUUGAUGCACUUAUUUUUUACUGUUGAGACAGCAAAUUUAUAAAACAACUGUUUAGGAUCAUAGUUACACCAAUAAAGAAGUGUGAGUGUGGUACUAGAAAUCUAUCUGGCUGGUCAAACCGUUUGGUGCUAUGAAUUACGUAUGUUAGUCAUGUGAACACUUCAUUGUUGCACCUGGACAGCUCAACAACGCAAGAUGAGCUCUUUUUUUUUAAAGUUUCUUCUGUACUGUGAAAGCAAGAUUGAAGGGGUAUCAGAGUUGCAAAACUUAGUGACAUAUUCAGAAUGAUGAAAAGGUUGCCUGCGAGUCUGUACAGUAUUCAACCUUCCUUUGUCUUACCUUAUUUUAUUUGUUUAAUUUUAAGAGUGAAUAUGGGAACAAAUGUACAGAAACCUUUUUUAGCAUUGCGUGAACUUUUAAUAGAUGACUUUUUAACAAAAAGCUUUCAUUUACAAGAAAAUG